AUGGCAGAUAUCGCGACUGACACAGCGGUGCGGAGGAAUGAGUCGCGCGCUGGGUCGACAACCAGUGUCGUCGCUGGCCAACCGACGGAACAACUCCAGGUUGAAGAGGCCAACGAUGAACAGGUCCAGUAUCCUACCGGGCCGCAGCUAUGGCUCAACGCUGGGGCGAUGAUGUUGGUCUGUUUCUUGCACGGGCUGGAUCUGACUAUUGUUGCUCCUACCGUGCCGUCUCUAACGAAUGAGUUCAAGACCGUCGCCGAUAUAGGCUGGUACUCUGCCGUGUACGGCCUUGUGUUGAGCGCGACAAAUUUCUUCUUUGGAAAACUGUACACUCUAUUCGAUCUCAAGAAAGUCUACGUCGCCUCCGUGGCCACAUUUGAGCUGGGCUCGGUGAUGUGUACCUUUGCUCCCAGCUCGAUUGUGUUCAUCCUGGGCCGCGCAGUCGCUGGUCUUGGGGCAGGCGGUCAGGGUAUCGGAGUCAUGACUUUCAUCUCUCGCUCGUUUCCAGUUGAGAAAAGGCCGAUGAUGAACGGCAUCAUGGGUUUUGCUCAAAGCUUUGGUUUGGUCAGUGCACCCGCCAUAGGAGGCGCUCUCAUCGAUGCCUUCAGCUGGCGAGUCUGUUAUGGUAUCAAUAUCCCGCUCGGGGUCAUUGCCAUCCUCAUUUCGCUAUUCUGGAUGAAAGACUUGUUUCCCAACCCAGACCUCCAGCUUCCUCUGCCUGAGAAGCUCAGGCGUCUGGAUCCGGUCGGCACGAUCCUCGUCCUGCCUUGUGUAGUAUGUUUGCUGCUCGCACUGAUCUGGGGAGGUACAAAGUUCGCCUGGAAUGACUGGCGAGUUAUUCUACUUUUUGUCCUGUUCGCGGUCCUGAGUGGCGCAUUCGGCUAUGUCCAAUAUCGUCAGCAGGAAAAGGCUAUACUGCCGCCGCGUAUUAUGAAGAAUCGGACCGUGCUUGCAAGCGCCGUUUUCUCCUGUUGCACCAAUGGCAUUCUUGCAGUCACCGAGUACUAUAUCGCCAUCUAUUUUCAGGGUGUGCAAGGGUACAGCGCCGCGAGGGCGGGUCUCUUAGGUCUCCCGAUGAUUGUUGGACUCGCCGUCACUUCGCUGUUGGCUGCUUUGAGCACAGGCUGGAUCGGGUAUUAUACACCAUUUCUGUUUGCUACCAGCAUCUUCGCACCGAUUGCUUCCGGCCUGCUAACCACCUUGGAUCUGGACGACAGUCCGGUCAAGGUCGCGGCACUGUUGGGCUUCCUGGGGGUUGCUGUCGGCUUUGGCAUCCAGCAACCUGUCACGGCGAUAAUGACGGUGUUAUCGCCAAAAGACAUCCCCUUAGCAGUGGGCGUGCUCGCGCUUGGUUCUGGGCUUGGGUCGUCUGCAUUCAUUGCGACCUCUGCGACUCUCUUCCAGAACAGACUGGUGGUCGAGAUUGCCAAGCACUCUCCUGGCACCAACACAACAAUCCUGGACGAUCACGGCUUGUCUGACCUGCGCAAAGUGCUGGGCCCGGAUCGCUUGAAGGACGUGCUUUUCGGUUACAACGAAGCGGUCAUCCAAACGCUGUAUCUUCCGCUUGGACUCGGGCUGCUAACCAUUGUCGGUUCAACAUUGACAGAAGUCAAAUCUGUUAAGAAAAAGGACUAG